GUUAACCAUUAUUUGCGGUCAGACCACCCACAGCUACCGCCUCGAUAAAAUUCUAAUGAGCCAAAAUGCAACGUAUAAAAAGACUCGAUGCUAGCUUCAGUACACGCAAAACAAAGUUCCACUUCGAAAAUAAAACAUACCAAACACAAACGCCAUGGAAGCCCGAUUGACAUUCGUCUUGCUGUUGGGCUCAAUUGUGUUGACUACUGGAAAAGCCAUGAACAGUGUCAUCGACUUGGACGCAUAUUUUGACAACGUGGAUGGCAAUUCGCAGGAGCGCGUUGUUGGCGGCUAUGAUGUGCCCGCAGAUGAGUAUGUGCCGUAUCAGAUAUCCAUGCAGUUCCUAACGCGCAACGGCAAAAUGCGACAUUUUUGCGGUGGAUCUCUCAUAGCACCGAAUCGAGUUCUUACAGCGGCGCACUGCGUCAAUGGCCAGAAUGCAAGCAGGAUUAGCGUCGUGGCUGGCAUAAGGGAUCUGGAGGAUACAAGUGGCUAUCGCUCGCAGGUGCAGUCCUAUGAAAUGAACGCAAACUAUGAGGAGCUGGUGACCAGCGAUAUAGCUAUACUGAAAAUCGAUCCACCGUUUGAAAUGGAUGGCAAACGCGUCAGCCCAAUCGAUGUGAGCAGCAAUGAGCUCGUCGGCGCUGAUCAGGAAGUGCUACUAAGCGGAUGGGGUUCCGUUUUCCACUUUGGCACUGGACCCUUUGCCAAGUAUCCAACCGUACUCCAGAAGCUGUCAUAUAAAACGCUGGAUAAUGGCAAAUGCAAGGAGACCAUGACGCAGCUGACGGAUACAGAGAUUUGUGCAUUGGAACGUUUUGGCAAGGGUGCCUGCAAUGGCGAUUCGGGUGGUCCUUUGGUGAUGGCCAACGGGGAAUCCCUCAAGCAGGUUGGCGUCGUCUCCUAUGGCACUGCCUUCUGUGCCUCCAACAGUCCCGAUGUCUACACUCGCGUUUCCAUGUUUGAUGCUUGGAUCAAGGAGCGCAUGGCUUAAAGCCGGUUCACAUAACAUUUACCCCAACUAAAUAAAAAUUGCCUUAUAAA